UGCAAAAGGGUUUGGCUUGGUAACGGGCUCUCAUAAUAAAGGCUGGGUUGGAGCUUUCCCUGCUGCCUGACCCUCCAGUUCAUGAUGGAGGGCUCCCUUCUCUAUCUGGUGGCUGCCCUCCUGGUCUGUUUCCCGACUUCGUCCCACAGCCAACUCUACUCCAUGGUUGUGCCUAGUGUCCUAUGGAUUGAGAGUGAAGAGCAGAUUGUGGUGGAGGCUCAUGGACUCACCGUUGCCACAGAGGUGACCGUCUCUGUCCAUGAUUUCCCACAGAAGAAGAACACUUUGUACCAGAUCAAAGCUACCUUGAACCGAGAGAAUGGCUUGAUGGCAACUCCUUCCAUAAAGGUGGGUAUGGGGUGGUGGCUAUCGAGGGUGCCACCCUCUGCAAGCAAAGAAAUCCACUUAUCUGGGAGGUCAUUCCUUCAUUGAACAAUACAGUAGACA